CUCCUCGAUCUUUGAAAAUCUAACGCCGUCUACUUUUUUCCAUUUCAAAUUCUAAUCGAACCACCCAGGUUCGAUCAAAAACCCGACCCUCAGGCUCGGACCUCUCUGCGGUUUAUAUAGCCGAGACCACAUAAUAACCUACAUUUUCACUCCUUGCACUCACUCACUCACUCAAUAGGUACUUCCCUGCCACCGGAAAAAUUCAUUUCGGGGAAUCAGGGUUUUGGAUCUGAUUUAGCGGAUCUAGGUUAGCAUGGCAGAGCAUCCUGAAAGUCCGAUUGAAUCAGUGAUGGAGAAGAUAAGUGAAAAGAUUCAUGCUCACGAUUCGUCGUCUUCUUCUGAUUCAGAAUCUGAUUCGGAGAAGAAACCGACAUCUCCGUCUUCGGUAAAAGCUAAGAUUUUCCGGUUGUUUGGAAGGGAGAGACCUGUUCACCACGUGCUUGGCGGAGGAAAGCCUGCUGAUGUGUUCUUGUGGAGAAACAAGAAGAUCUCGGCUAGUGUGCUUGGAACAGCAACUGCAAUCUGGAUCCUUUUCGAGUUGAUUGAAUACCAUCUCCUUACUCUAGUGUGCCAUAUUUCGAUCCUCACACUUGCGAUUUUGUUUCUGUGGUCCAAUGCCCAUACCUUUAUCAAUAAGACUCCGCCCCGAAUCCCACAAGUUCAUAUUCCAGAAGAACCAGUCCUCCAGGUUGCCUCAGCUCUCACAAUGGAAAUCAACCAUGGUUUUGCGGUCUUACGUUCUAUUGCAUCUGGAAAAGAUUUGAAGAAAUUUCUAGUUGUUAUAGCUGCAUUCUGGGCCCUAUCAAUUGUUGGGUGUUGGUGCAACUUCUUGACCUUGUUCUAUAUAACCUUCGUUUUACUGCACACUGUGCCGGUUCUAUAUGAGAAGUAUGAGGACAAAGUUGAUCCGUUUGCAGAGAAGGCAAUGAUUGAGAUCAAAAAGCAAUAUGCUAUGUUUGAUGCUAAGGUUUUGAGUAAGAUCCCAGUGGGAGCAUUGAAGGCCAAGAGGGUCUAGGGAGAUUGGUAGAUUUGUUGUUGUGCAGACGACUGGUAAUCUUGGGUUUGUAGGUUGUGAUUGCUCAUAUUUGGCUAGAGCUCUUUCUUCUUUUUACCCCAUCCAACUGUUCUCCAAGCUAUUAGGAUUUGCAGUUUUGAGUUACUUGGGUAUUUCAUGGGGUUACUUUUUAAGUAGCUUUGUUUUAUGAAAGCAUUAUGAUCUGUCUGCAGGUGGUAACACCUCCACAAUUGGAUUUUGGACCUUGUUUUUAUAUCGGAUGUCUUUUGAUUCCUUGUA